CCCUGUGAACUAAUAUUGAGACUUUAAGCAGAUGAGCUUGAGUGAAAGGAUUACAUCCAAUGGCAAAACAGUGAUGAAUGAUAGGCCCAAAACACAAUGUAUAUCAUUUCUGCUGUUGGUUUCUUAUCCCACUAAUCAGUGUACAAAGGAGGAUUGAUAAUACACUUAGUUGUGCUUUUGAUUAUUGUCUCGGAUCUCAGAGGAUUUCAUCAGAUAUCACAGGACAAUUUAAUUAACACCAAGGAUCGAUUUAUUUCUUCUUCAGUGCAAUUAUGAGUUUGCCUCGACCUUCGGGGCUGAAGGCCCCCUCCAAAAUUGGACGCCCCACAGGGCUCCCCCAGCCCCGCUCGGCAGGUACAGGUAUCCCCACCCCUGGGUCUGUGCACAAAGCCCAAAGUGCUAUUGCUAAGAGCGCCCGAGCUGCAGGUAUUAACGCCAAUUUAGCAGAAAAAUAUGCCGCCGAGAUGGUCCAAAAACUGCCAGGUCCAGAUGGCCUGCCUCCCCCUCCCCCAACUGAUGACUUCAUCAUCGGAGACAGAGUAUGGGUCAGUGGGACAAAACCGGGUCACAUUGCAUACAUUGGUGAGACCCAAUUUGCCAGUGGAGAAUGGGCCGGUGUUGUAUUAGAUAACCCAGAGGGUAAAAAUGACGGUGCAGUGCAAGGUGUCAGAUACUUUCAAUGUGAACCAAAAAGGGGUGUGUUUUCACGAAUAUCAAAACUUUCAAGAACUCCAGGUUUAACCUCAGAGACCCCCAAACCAGAAGAUGCCAUGUCAGAAACUGGGGGUUCAACUUCAGUAAAAACCAAUGGCACCUCUCACUUACCAUCUAGUUUACGACCUACAACUCCUAAGCCACUUGCAGGAACCAGGGCAUUGUCGACAUCUUCAUCUAGUGUUAACAAGGCUGGAGUGUCCUCAACUCCUGCCACCAAAAAGCCGGGACUGAAAAUUGGUGAUAGAGUUUUAGUGAGUGGGACGAAAACAGGGACCCUGAGAUACAUUGGGGCAACAGACUUCGCUAAAGGUGACUGGGCAGGAGUAGAACUGGACGAAAAACAAGGAAAAAAUGAUGGAGCAGUGUCCGGGAAAAGAUACUUUGAAUGUCGUCCUAUGUUUGGAUUAUUUGCCCCAGUCCACAAGAUCACACGCCUGACAUCAGGUAAUGUCACCUCCAGUAUGUCUGCCUCAACGCCUAGUCCUCAGUCUCGCUCCCUGAUGAACACCAGUCUGCGGAUGUCAAGAGAACGCAGUGGCAGUCAGGAUUCCGUUAGUUCUAUCAGCUCGACGGCAUCCAGCGUGUCCCGCAGUCGGGUAAGGCUGGGUGUCAACUCCCUCAGCAGCAACCAGCUACCCUUACUCAAGGCUCGUAAACAACAGUUAUCACCGGCCAAAACCAGCCAACGACCUAGUUCUCUAAACCUGACUGCCACCACCCAGGCUCUCCAGAAAGCACUGAAGGAAAAAGAGGAGCACAUAGAACAGCUGUUAAAAGAACGUGACCUCGAGAGGGCGGAGGUGGCCCGGGCAGCCGCGCAAGUCGACGAGGCUGAAGGACAACUGGCCAGUAUGCGGAGCGAGCAGGAUCGGUUCCGUGAGAACACAGAGGAGGUUGUCGAAAGGCUGAGGACAAAAGUGGAGGAGCUAGAGAAGGAGAGAAAUGACCUCAACUGUAAAUUGGAGGAUGAACGAAGGAAAGUUGAAGAUCUUCAAUUUCAAAUUGAGGAGGAAGCUAUAUCAAAGGAUGAUUUAGAGUCACGAACAGAAGUAGAUGAAGAAAAAUUAAGAAGUAUAGAAAAAGAGAUGAAGAAAGAAAAAGAAAGGGCUGAUAGGAAUGAACAAGAAUUUUUUACACUAAAGGCUAUGCUUAAAGACCAGACAGAUCGACUGACAUCCACAGAAGAGAUGAAUAUGUCUUACCUUGAUCAGAUAGAGGAGCUCACCCACAAACUCUCGCAAGCCGAAUCCAAAGUCAAGAGUUUUGAAUCGUCCCGAUUAGAGGAGGGAGCCAAGGCCAGUCAAGUAAGCAUUGAGUUGGUGGAGAAAUCUAACCGACUUAUGGAACUAGAAGAUAUUCUCUCUACUCGUGACAAAGAAAUUAAAGAUCUUCAUUCCAAACUGCAUGAAGUGGUGCUUUAUCUCGAAGCUCAGCAUGAUGAAUUAAGUGCCAAUCAAGUGAAAAAACAAAAGAUGCAAGAAACUAUUAAUAAUUUAACAAAACAAUUAUCAGGAAGAGAUGACGCUUCCAAUCAGCUUAGUUCAGAGUUACAGAACCUGAAAUCCCAGCUUAGUGAAUUGCAGAGACAGCUAGAUUCUAGUGAGGAGAAGAACAACCAAAUAACUGAAGAGAAAAUAAAACUGGAGCACCAAAUGAGUGAAAUGAUGAAAAACUCGGGAGAUAGCUCAAACAGGCUAUCUAUGCUCAACGAACAAGUACAGGAGAAAAAUAGAAAAAUCCAGGAUCUACAAGCCGCCUUGUCAAAUUCUACUCAACAAUUGGGAAGACUUAAUGAUGAAAUCGAAAAUCUCAAAGGGGAAACAAUUAGGGAACGGGAAAAUAUUAUUGCUAGAUAUGAAGAAUCAACUAAAACUCAGAAUGGACAGAUUGAGGAAUUACAAAGGGAAUUAACAAAAGCAAAGACAAAGAUGCAGAAGAUGACAGAAGACCACAAAAAAGACAAUGAAGACGCACUAUCACGUAAAAUCAAAGAGAUAGAGGAACUCAAGAAACAGCUUCAGGAGAGUAUAGAAGAACAGGAAAGACAGGCUGUACAAACACAGGCCCACAAACAGGUGCUGGAGAAAAUCACAAUGGAGAAGGAGGCUCUACAGUUUGAAAAAGAGAAGACUGAAAAGCAAGUUAAGCGGUUAGAAUCAGAGCGAGAUACUGCAAACACGGAGCUAAUACAGGCCAGAGUGGAGGUAGCUAAGGCUCAGUCCGAGAGGGAAAAGUUCACAGCUGACCUUAAUGCUUUGGAGGAAAAACUGCUCGACUUGGGAGGGGAAAUGGAAAAAGCUCAGAAAGCCAAAAAUCAGAUUCAGAAAGAACUGGAUGUAAUUACAGAGGAGAAGGCAAAAGUAUUGGAAGAAAAAGGCCGAUUGCAGGAUGAUGCCAUUACAACAAAAGCAUCUCUACAACAGAAGGACAUGCAUAUUGAAGAGCUUCAAAAGGAGAAUGAACGAUUGAAAGGGGAGGUAAAUGAUCAGCAGGAGGCGUUAGCUCAGGUGUCACAGAACAAGUCUAUGAGUUCUGACUUCCAACAGCGACUAGAGGGAAGUCAGAAGGCCUUGUCAGAUCUACAGAAGAACUACAGAGAGUUAGAGGCUGAGAGAGAUUCCAUGAAGGCCCAACUAACCUUUGCCAACCUGGUGACUGAGGAACGAACUCGGCUCGAAGACCAAAAUCAGAAACUUAACAGAGAAGUUGAGGACAUGCAAACAAGACACAGUCAAGAGUUGGACGAGCUACAGAACGCCAACACGUCUCUACAGAGUCAGCUGGACAACACAACACAACAACUACAACAGAGAGCUCAGGACCUCGAGAGACAGAAGAAACAGAUUUCCAACCUGCAGAAUGAGAAUUCCUCCUUAGAAGUGUACAGAUCAAAGGUCCAGAAAAUGGAGACGGAGAAGUCGGAGUUCUUGGAGAAGAUCAGUAAGCUGGAGAAUUUACUGAAGGAGGCUAAGACCAAUGCUUCUAACAUGGCCAGUAAUGAUACCUCAGGGAACCCAGCAGUAUCUAGGUUAACAGAGGAAAAGGAUGCAGCUUUAGGCCAAGUGGACUUCCUAAAUUCAGUCAUUGUUGAUCUACAAAAGAAAAAUGAAGAACUGAAGACAAGACUGGAGAUAAUGGAGUCUGGGGUCGUUACCAAUGGAGACGGGGAUAGCUCCAUGGAAUCUGAGGUUCCCAAAUCCCGAGCUCCGCCUCGUUUGUUCUGUGAUAUAUGUGAUGUCUUUGAUCAGCAUGAUACUGAUGACUGCCCACUACAAGCCAUGGACUACGAGGAUGAUGCCCCCUCCCCCACCCAUUACCAUGGUGACAGAAAAGCUUCCCGUCCUUACUGUGAUAUAUGUGAAGAAUUUCAUGAUCCGUGCGAAGCACCAACAGGUUCAGGAGAACAUGACGAGAGCCCAGCAAACACGAUACCAUCACCACGUGAGGAAAUAUCAGAUGAAAACUCGGCAAGUUUUAUCUUCAACGAUACUAAACAAUCACCAAAAAAUACGAAUAGUUGUGAUCAAACUUCUUUAUUAACUGCUGCUGACCCGAAAACAGAAGGAUUGCCGGCUAAUUACAAAUACCUCAAAAAUGAAGAAAAUGAUAAAGGUCACGAGAAUGAAGCACCUCCUGGGGAAGAAAUGUUAAGUGAUGACGUUGCAGAGGAAGGAGAACAAGGUCCGUUGGAAAGUGAAACUGGAAAUGAAACUGGCGGUAAAAUGGACGAUUCAUGCCGUGUUAGCUAAUUUAAAUUCACACAUUUUGCAUAAUAUCCACAAUAUAAACCUCUAUAACAGUCCAUACACAUGUAAAUAUACUAUUUAGCAGACAUAAAGUAUGUAUUGAAUAAACCUGAGGUAGGUUUCAUUUCAAUAUUAAUUUAUUAUGAUAUACUAGUAGAUUAUAUUUAAUGAGAGAUAUAUCGUAAUUUACAAUAACAUGUACAUCUUCAGUUCUAAAUAUAGAGUCAACUUUAGGUAUUAUUUAUAAAAGCAGUGCACAAUAAUUAAAUCCUAUCUGACUGUGGUCCAUUGCUUGUUGGAAUAUUGCACAGGUCUUUUCCAUUUAUUGCGGAAUAAUUUUCUUUUUUAUGUAUGCAUUGGUUAUGUCAAUAAACAAGAAGAUUGGAAAGUUUUGGGGUUUUUUCGCAGCAUGAGCUCAUCAUCGUUUAUAUUGUUAAUUAAGAUUCUUCUUACAAUAAUUGCACGUAAUUACGAUUUGUUAUUUUUUUCCCCCUGUUUCAGUUGUAUAUAAGGUAUAUUAUAUGUUAUUCAAAAUAUUGUACCUCAUGUACACAUGUACAAGUAUUUUGGUUUGACUGAAUAAAUAUUGAACUUGAA